AUGUAUUUUUUAAUUUUCUAUCUAAUUCUGGAGACACAAGCCAUAUCAUCUUUUACUUUAGUCUCAGAUUCUGAUAAUGUGACGGAUCGAGUUAUCUGCUUCUAUGAACUGAGAGAAAUACAAAAAUUAAAAGAAAGCAAGGAAUAUAAUUUUCUGGAGAAUGUCUAUAGCGGAAAUAUAACAUAUACCUGCGAUAUUCAAAGCGUUUGUUGUGGAAUCAACUGCUGUCCACGUAGUAAUAGUAUUUAUGCGUUUAUUUUCUUUUUAAUAUUAUUUUUUGUUGGAGUAGCUAUAUUCUAUAUAUGUCAUGCAAGAAAAACACCUAUGUAUCGUCAGUUUUACUAUUAUAUUCAACGGAAAAUGAAAACGGCUGCAGCAACAUAUGAAGCUGAAAUUUGA